CACCUCUGCAAAACGUGCCAUCCACCCUACCACACCACUUCACGCUUCUAGUUUCUACCGUCUCAUCCACCCUGCCAUACCACCUAAUGCUUCGAAUUGCUACCACCACUAUAGUCGGCAUCACCUAAUGCAUCUGUCCCUCACCAGCACUCUUCUACGAGAUAACGCCAUUAACGUCGGUGACACAACCACCACCAAAUUCAAGGCUUUCGUCAGGCAAUUAAGACUCCAGCAGGUACGAUUUUCGCAAUUUAGGUUACUCUUUUCAACUUUCAUUGCUCGUUUCUAAGAAAACUGGGUGUCACCGGAAAUUCGGGUAUAAAACCGGUUGGGGUUCUUUGGUGCGCUUGGCCUCUGGUAGUCGGCACCGGUGGCAUUGGCUUCCGCUUUCCGGUGUAUUGGUUUCGUACUUGCCUAUUCAUUUUCCAUGCAUUAUUCAUUAUUUCUGAUAGUUGCAGCAGGUUCGUUUUUAAAUUUUGAGAUUUUCUUCAUCAUUAAGCUACGUUUGUGAAUAUGUCCAUUUGAAUACAGAAAAAUAGUUACACUUUUAGUUUCAUAAAUCAUAAUCCUCAUUAAACUCAGCUUCUCUAUCCGUCAUUAUAAUGCUUCGAAUUGCUACCACCGCUAUAGUCCGCAUCACCUAAUGCAUCCGUCCAUCACCAGCACUCUUCUACGAGAUAACACCGGCGACACAACCACCACCAAAUUCAAGGCUUUCGUCAGGCAAUUAGGACUCCAACAGUCUCAGAAGGGCAUCAAGCAACGGCGCUCAACACUACUCCGCUCUCAAACUUGACGCCCUCGACACAACCACAACCAAGCCGAAGGCUUUUGUUAGGCGAUCACGACUCCAGCAAGUAGGCUUUCACAAUUUAGAUUACUAUGUUCAACUUCGAUUGUUCAUUAAGAAGAAACUUUGGGGAAUUUUUUUAAUGAAUCGAGUCAUUUUUUCAACUUUGGAGUCAUAGAGGGUAAUGUAAUCUUGAAGAAGACGCUGAUGUUCACCAGAUUCAUACAAGUUGAAACUAAUAAGAAAUUUGAAUAAGUUAAUUUAUUGAGAGACACAAGAAUACCGAUGAAAGAAAAGUAGGGGUUUAUCACUGCACUGGAAUACCGAGUAGAGAUAGUGCUUCGUACAAAUUUGCUGCAUUUGCUUAUACUUUUUCCCACAUUUAUGCGAUUGCUUCUUAUUAGUUUUAGUUGAAGUGCAUUCUGAACUACACAUGGAUAUACAUAACAAUUAAAGGAAGUUUUGGUAGUCUAAAGUAUGCCAAUUGCUUCUGUUUGUUUACUUACUAUUAUAUAUGAGAAGGCUGUUUUUUAUAUAAAGUAUUCCAAUUAGAAUCAUAAGAGUGAGUGACUGGCUAUAUUAGGUUGGGUAAUUUCUUGUGCUGAAGAUGAUGUAUUUAUUGUUUCUUCUGUUUUGGGUUAUUCAUAAUUAAACCAUCAAAUGAAUUUGGAAUUUCGAGACAUUAGCAAAAGAUUUUUUUUUUACAUGAAAUUAAAAGUGACUUAAGACUUUAUAUUCAAACAUCCAGUACUUGUGCUAAUUGUCUACAAUGUAUGUAUUUAGCUUGAUUUAUUAGUUUAUCGCCCAUUGUCUAGUAUUGACUUAUAUAGGUUGGAAAUCUAAAUUGCAAUACAUGUGUUACAUGAGUUUGUCUAUAGCUGUCAGUGACGCAAAAUUUGUAAUAUUACACACCUUCUAAACGACAUGUAUUAAACAAUUCAUUCUUCUUUGUCGUAAAGUGCUUAUUAGUUUUGUGUCCAUUCUUUGUUGGAGGUUCUUACCAACUCAUUACAUUGGCAACUUUACCUUCAAUCUAGUAAAAUUUGUAAUUUAGUAUACUAUUUUUUUACAUUCUUACUUUUUAUAUGCUUUUGUGUAUGCACAUUUUGUUUGCUUAAAAAUAUGUUGCCCUCGGACACGUCUGGCAAAAGGCGGAGAAUAGCUAGCUCUUAUGAAACAGGUGAAACUUCUAGCACAUCUCCUCGCUGCAGGAUUUCACAACGGUUGCAUUCAAUCAUUUCUCAAACUUCGGGGUCAAUAGAGAGGUCGUUGCCAAUGUAUUCAGGUUUUGGAGAUUGCACUUAUAUUUGUGAACACUGCAGUGCUCUAUUUUGGUUUGUUGAGAGGGUUUUACAUGCUGCACAUGUUCAUCAUCCUCGCUACAAUCAGUGUUGUAAAUCGGGCUCUAUGAGGUUGCCUUUUCCCCUUGAACCACCACCUGAUAUUAAGCAACUUUUUCAAGAUCCUCAGUUCCUGGACAAUAUUAGAGCAUAUAACAAUAUGUUUUCUAUGACCUCAUUUGGGGUAGAGGUUGUCGACACUAUUAAUGAUGGUCGUGGUCCUUGCGUUUUUAAAAUCUCAGGCCAAGUUUCACACUGGAUCGGAUCUUUGUGCCCUCCACCUAAUGAGAAACCACGUUUUUUACAAAUGUACAUAUACGACACAGAGAAUGAGAUUUCAAACAGACUUCGAUUCUUCAAUAACUCAGAUCAACACAACCUUUCAGAUAGUAUUGUUGACAUGCUCAACCAGUUGUUAAAUACCUACAAUGGGUAUGCUCGCCUCUUUAAAAACGCUAGCGACAUCUGCAGAACGACAGAAGGCAGUUGUUAUUCCAUUCGUCUUUAUAGUAACGUACCCGAUAGAAGAUAUGGUGCUCCAUCUGCAGACGCAUUAGGUUGAAUAUUAUGCGGUGACGAUUGCAAUGCUAGCAACUAUGACAUCAUCAUUCACUCAAAAGACGGAAUGCCUCAGAGAGUUGGUAAGCUUCAUCAAUCUUAUAUGCCAUUACAAUAUCCCCUUCUAUUUCCUUUUGGUGAAGAAGGUUGGCCUCCGAAGCUUCAACUGCGUAAGGUCGAUGGUUCUAAAGACAAGGGAUUGACCGUUAACAUGUACUACAGUUAUCAGAUUCAUGAUCGUGCAGGUGUUUAUUCCCUCCUCUUGAAUGGUGGGCGACUUUUUCAACAGUAUUUAGUAGACG